GACAUAUUUGGCUAAGUGCAAUUGUGUAGCAUCUAGCAUCAAUAAUAUUCAAAAUGGUUCUCCAAAAUCAACUUGGUUUGAACAAGCAUCAAUCAUACUCUCAUGAGCACUAUUAUGAUAGUAGUCAUGGCCAAAUGAUGAGGCCUAUAGGUUAUUGUUCAACUAUGCCAUUUUCUCACAACAAUCACAUGAUGAUAGAUCAUGGUAGCCACACCCAACAUCAUGAUGAACAUUAUGUCCAUGGCAUUGGACAUGACAACUAUGGUAGUCAUGGCCAUCAUGGGAGUCAUGGGCAUAUGCCACAUGAAUCAACCAACUUCUCAAGUAGUGCCACCAUGGUCCAUAAUGAUGGUGGCUAUGGUAACAGGAUGCAACAAUCAUCCCACGCCCAUAUGUCGUCCAUGGCCAUGGGACAUCAUGGUCGGUAUGGUCAUGGUCAUGGGGGCAGCCAUCAUAGUAAUUAUAGUCAGAGCCAGAAGUUCAAUUGGGCUCUCAAGAGUAUAUAUAUGGAUUGUGAUUAAAUCAAGAAAAUUUUUGAUAAAUCAUCUUAUAGAAUGCGUGUUUCGGCAGUGGCUUUUUGGCUUUAUAUGUAUAUAGCACGAAGGAUCUCCUACCUAAAUAAGCAAUGUGUAUUCUCUCCAUUUCUAAUUUACAUGUCGUCCUUACUAAAAAUAGAGAUUCUUUAAUAUUUCAUUUGUCAAAUAAUAGUUGUCCACAAUUGAUUUGGCACACCCCUUAAGAAACUAUAAAUA